UCCGGCUCCGCUUUGCAAGUUGCUUCCGCUGCUUGUCGGGCCUGGGAGCCGGAGCCGCGGGGGGGGGCUCGCCCAGCGCCCCGUGCCCUGCGGGGUGACCCCGGAUCCGGAGCGCCCCGGCCGCCGUGAUCCGGAGCGCCAGGACCCGUUCUGGGCAGAGGCUACCGGUGAGAUGGCGAAGGCUCCGGGAUGUCCCAGGCUGCGCCGGCCUUCAUGUUACCUCCCCACGGCUCUGUUCUUCACGGCGCUUUGCGGCUCUGGUGCUGUCCUCCGGAGGAAAGAUUGCCAGUUCCCGGACCCCUCUGAUCACACUACCUACAGGUGUGUGUCCUUGGCCUGCACGCUGUCUCUGGGCAGCGGCGGGUUUAAGGCUGGCUCCAUGGUGCAGCAUUUCUGCGAAGACGGCUACGUCCUGGCCGGCCACCCUGGGGUCUCUGUCUGCAAGGGUGGCCAGUGGAGCGUGCUGAAGCCGGUCGUCUGCAACCCCUUGACAGGAUCCCCGGUGCCUCGCUCCGGCUCCAUCUUCGGUGUCUCCUCUAUCCCCAUGGUGGCUGCGGCCUCGGUGACGGUGUCCGCCCUGCUGCUGGUGGCCAUGGUGUGCGUCCUGGUGGGGCCGAAACCCUGCAGCAACUGGUGCUGGAGGUGGUACGAGCCCAUGGAGGAGUCCGAGGUGAGCAUCGUCGACAGCUGCCCGGUGCCACUCCCGUCCUACGAGGAGGCCGUCUAUGGCUCCCAGGGGGGCCCCGUGCCACCCACCUCCACCACGCCGACGCCCCUCGUCCUCUCCAGGGGCCUGGCCCCCCCAUCGGAAGCAGCCGAGCUCUGUUGUAGUCCAGAGGCCGCCACCCCACCGCCUUCCUACCAGGAGAGCCAAGCAGCAGCUGCGGGCGGCUCCAGUCUGGUGCGGCCCACGGUGCCCCCUGCCCGGUUCCUGUUCCCUGGGGCUGCAAAGGACCCGUGCAGGUAGCCGGGGUGCCGGGGGUCCCCUGGCCGGGCCCCGACACUACAGCAGAGACUCCUCAUUUGAAGCAAACGCAGCCUGCUCCAUCUUUUAACUUGCUGGGGGGGGGGAAGAGACCCCCCCCCCCGUGCCCAUUAACUCAGCACCUUGUGAAACUGAUGGGACCGAAGCAGCCCCCCUCGGAAGGGUGUGUGCAGCCUUCUGCCUGGAUGGGGGGCCCCUGGGGCUGAGGGACUGGCCUUCUGCACCCCCACCCCCAAACUGUCUGUGGGGCAGCCCUGAGGGGCCGACCUUUGCCCACAAGCUGGUAGGCACCGGCUCAGCGUGUUCUUCUGACCUCUGCACUUCCACCCCAUGGGAUCCCACUUUUCCCUGCCCCCCGGUCCCCGUCCCCACCCCGGACACACUUCUCCCACUGGGGUGUCCGUUCCCGGCAGAGCCGUGAAGGGUUAACUCAGGCUCCUCCCUCCCUCCCUCCAGCUGUGAGGAUGGGGGGGGUGGGGGAGGCAGACUCCCCACCCCCCCAGUUCCUAACGCUCUGGCAAACAUCCCCUGGGCUUGUUUCAUUCUUGGUGCUGCCUGGACCCUGGGGGCCUCCUCUGGGGUCAGCAACCUCCCCCCCACAAAAAGACCCUGCUCCCCCCCCAGCUUUCCUGACUCUUCCUACGCUUCCCACCCCCCCAUGCCACCGUCCAUGUGUCCCUGCUGCCCCCUGCUGGAAAGGAUGAGCCCAGCCCCUGCACUGUGAGUGCGCGUCCGUCCGUCCUUGUGCAUGUCCCUGCUGGAAGGAAUGAGCCCUGCCCUGUGUGUGUCUGUGUCCCUGUCCGCGUCCUUACUGGAGGGGGUGCGCCCUGCCUCUUCUCCCCCCCCUGCCCUACCCGCCCCCACCGGCUUAGCUACAGUGGGGAUGAGGGGGCACCCCUGGCCCGGGGGAGCAGGGGGAAGCGGCUGCAGGCUUGGAUCCCGGCUGCGCCCGGGCCCAUCCCACACCGCAACCGCGGGGUCUGCGGGUAGGUGCUGGGCAGGGGCCGAUCUUGGGCUAUUCCUCGUUGCGGGGGCCUGGCUUCCUGCCCCCCCCUGAGCCCUCCCCCGGCCCCCUCGUCGAAUGUGACAAGGGGGCAGCACCGGAGAUGCUCAGUUGGGCCCCUGCGGCUGGAAGUGGCCCAGGGGGCAGGUAGCCCCUGUGGAAGCCGGGUUAGGUGCGUGGGCUGGCACUCACACUCACACUCACACUCACUCACGCCGCCCGCCCGCCCCGGGGCUGUUUUUGCACAAGGUUAAUCAUUCUCGGUUUGUAUUUAAUGAGGUGGGGUUUGUUUUUCUUUGAUGUAUUUAUAUGGGGGGGGGUAUUUCUCAAACUUUCUCCCCCCCCCCCCCCCAAUUUAUGAUGCUGGGGCCGGGGUUGUGGUCCUGGGGGCUGUGAGGGAGCCGAGGUGCUAAUUAAAACACUCACCCCGCCCGCCCCUUGUCUC